AUGCUUCUCCUCCAGAAACACGUCCUCCUCCUCUCUCUCCGUCCCCGCGCCACCAAUUCCCUACUCCCCUUCCAGCACCGAUGCCUCUUCUCCAACACCCGAUUCGCCGCCACCGCCGCCGCCGCCGUGGCGGCGUCGGCUAGCCCUGCCCCGUUCGCCGUGGAGGACUACCUCGUCGCGUCUUGCCACCUCACCCCGGCGCAGGCCGUCAAGGCCUCCAAGGUCCUCUCCCGCCUCAAGUCCCCCUCCAAGCCCGAGGCCGUCCUCGCCUUCCUCUCCGACCUCGGCCUCUCCGACGCCGACGUCGCCGCCGUCGUCGUGUACGACCCUCUCCUCCUCUGCUCCGAGGUCGACAAGACCCUGGCCCCGCGCCUCGCCGAGCUCCGGGACCUCGGGCUCUCCCCGUCCCAGAUCGCCCGCCUCGUCCUGGUCGACCCCGCCCGCUUCCGCCGCCCCACCAUCAUCUCCAAGCUGCAGUACUACGUCCCCCUCUUCGGCUCCUUCGAGAACCUCCUCCAGGCGCUCAAGUACAACUCCUACCUCCUCAGCUCCGACCUCGAGAACGUUGUCAAGCCCAACGUCGCGCUCCUCCGGGAGUGCGGGCUAGGUGACUGUGAUAUUGCCAAGCUAUGCAUCCCCGUGCCGAGGCUGCUCACCAGCAAGCCAGAGCGCAUCCAGGCCAUGGUGGCACGUGCCGAAGAUGUCGGUGUGCCCCGUGGCUCUGCGAUGUUCAGGCAUGCGCUGCUUGCUGUCGCAUUUCUCAGCGAGGAGAAGAUUGCUGCUAAGGUGGAGUUCCUGAAGAAGACUUUCAGGUGGUCGGAGGCUGAGGUGGCCAUUGCUGUCUCCAAGCUUCCGGUGGUGCUGAGGAACUCCCAGGAGAGGCUGCUGCGCAUGUCGGAAUUCUUGAUGUCCGAGGUUGGGUUAGAGCCGGAGUACAUUGCUCACAGGCCGGCAAUGCUCACUUAUAGCUUAGAGGCCCGGCUCAAACCUCGGUACUAUGUUGUGAAGUUUCUUAAAGAAAAUGGAUUGCUAAAGCCUAACCGAAGCUUCUACACCGCAGCCCAGGUGAGCGAGAAGGUAUUCGUGGAGAAGUUCAUACGUCCUCACAAGGAAGCUGCACCUCGCCUCGCUGAAGACUAUGCUGCCACUCUCAAAGGGGAAGUGCCCACUAGAUUCAGAUUGCAAUAA